CUGGACCGAGUAAUAGCUCUGGUACAGGAGUGAACAAAGGUCAGUGACCCUUGCCCCCAUAAAGCCGAAAUGGGACUUGCAUCAUUUCAGGUGCCGAGUGCCCUCCCGUGGCCUUUUACAACUCCUGGGAGUCAAGAGAUUUGGACCAUUCUUUUUCCGGGCAUGCGGUGUUUGGUGGGAUAACGCGGAAGUAAGCUACACGGUCAAUCACUCUACCUUCUGAACUCUCGGAGGAACCAUCUCCAGGAAGUCAUACAUAGGGCGGCGAGAUGUAGGGGUAGUCUGGAGGGAAGGCUUAACAAUCGUGCGGGGCAGAUAAGAAGACUUCAUUCGUGGCUGACUAUCGGGGGAGAUCGCGUGGAGUACGCUGCGGGUGGUGGGCAGGGGGAUCAUCGCGCCAAAUGAAUUGCUGGUGGAAGAAGAAUCUAGCCCAUUUUCCAACCAAGUGAACAGAGGUGCCUGUGUGUAAAAAGUAAUGUUGUCGGAGGUGAACAGGGGUCAGUUUGUAAAUGACGCACCUGGAAAUGCUGGCCGGAAACCAAUGUAACACCAGCCGAUAAUUCAGAACCAAGGACUUGGGAUGGAACAUACUGCGCUUACGUGCCAAAACGUUCUGGCGAGAAGCAGAGAUGUGGCACGCUGUCGACUCGGUGAGAUGACAAACAACUGAAACAGAAGAAUCCUUAUGGCAUGACCUUUGCCUGGAUUGCGCCAGACGUGACACAGGUGGACGUCUUCAUGCAAUCAGACGAGAACUGGUUGUGAGUCUUCCCAGUCUCCCGGCAUCAGGUGGCUGAUGAGCCCGUUACAGCGGAUUACUUUCAUACCAACAACCCGUCGGCUUUUUUCCCCGAAACAGGGGUGUUUACGUUCUAUCGAAUGAGAUCGUUCGGCAAGGUUUUGGCUCGAUACGCACAGAAGAUCUGAACGGAGACCGAACAAGAUGAACGAGAUGAACUCGUGCGCACUUCUUGCGCUAAUGCCGGCGUUUUCUACCAUCUUUGCUCUGGACUUACCGAUCGCUGUUCUUGGUUUGCCGAGCAUCAAUGUUACCAUCGAUGACAUCACCGCAGAGACUGCCACUAUCGUUUGGAAACUAAAAAGCGACGCCUUUCAGAACAUCAGUGGCUUCGAGAUUGUGGCCAGGUUCGGGAACAAAUCUCACGAAGCAAGGACUAUCACAGAGGUGGGUCGGCGGUCAAGGUCAUUGACCUUAACCUACCUGAAGCCGUCCACGAGAUACGUGGUGACCGUCGCGGUUCUUUACGCUGACUACAAAAGGAAAAUGCGAAGCAACAACGUGACGUUUAGAACGCCAACAUACUCAUCUUUCAGCGACGAUCUCGAUCAGUCAGGUGACUCUGCCCUGCCGAACGAUGACUGCGAAGUCGUCACUCCGGACAAGCAAGGACAGAAUUUUACCAUCGAAGAAUGGGUGAUCAUAGCGCUGGUGCUGGUGGUGUGGGCCUCUGUCAUCGUGUUGUUUCUGAGACAGUGGGACGCCAUCAGAAGUUUACAGCCUCGAGACAUAAGCCCCCGACCACCUACGCCAAAAGAAAUCAGCGAAUUCAAAACCAUCACGAUUGUGGAAAACGAAAAGGAUACGCUGAUCAGGACUACCAGGUUCUGAGGUCGUUCCCAAGAUGACUAUUGACGUCACAGCUUUUGUGGAGAAGACUCGCCCUCAACGUCAUCUGAUGUGAUGGUGACCCAAGAUGGCCCCCGCGUGACGGUGUUUUAGAAGACCAGCGUACAUGUCCUCCGGGCAGUCGGGAUUCCAAAGGCGAUCUGCAGAACCGUAUCGGACGGGGAAGUGCGAUAAAUCACGUGAAAACCUUUACGAACGUUAUUCCUCUGUGUUCCGAGUUCUACUCGCGGCUCCGUGACCAAUUGUACUUGGUAUAAGAUGGAGCGGGUCAUAUUCGUCGUAGGUCGUCUUACGAUUUUGAUGUCGCACGAUCCAGUUUGUGUUACACAAACUGUCUGCGGCUGAAACUGGCAACUC